CGCCGACUCGGGGAGCCGCUGGAUUGUGGCACUGCCCUUUCUGGCGCAGCAGCCCCGGGCAGCGCCGGCGGAGGAAGCCCGCCCAGAGGCGAGAUCCUCCCGCGGCUGGAUGCGCUCUCUCCCCGGGCGCAGCGGGUGCCGAGUGCGAAUCAGCCUCGCGGCCCAAAGAGCAGGGCAUCCGAGUGAGAUUAGAGGAGAGCGUCGGGCGGAACCUGGCGUCCUUUGAACCUCCCUAAAGAAAGCGAGCCAGCCCCUACCCUCCAACAUCAAAGUGGAGAUUCGGUGACUCUUAACUUUGUUACAAACUCUCCGGGGCCGGCCUGGGUUUUGUUUUGCUUAUUUCCCGAGGGGAGAAGAUGAGAAGAAGAGCACUUUGAGCGGCGAGGAAAAGUGAGGAGGACAGAAGAGACCGAGAUUGAAUCCAGGACUCGAGGAGCGAAAGCACAGCCGAAACCACCCGGACGCUCGCUGGUCUCGGCGGCCACCGCCUCUCGAGUGGCGUGUUUGGACAUUUCUGCUGCGCAGCUCCGAGACAACUCUCGGCGGCGGCGUUCUCGGCCCGGUUGGCAGGUCGCCUCCGGGUGCGCGGAGCGACUCCUUGCUCGCGCCCUCGGCGCUUCUCGCUCCCCUGCGCCCCGCCGGGGGCACCGGCCGGCGCCCUCGCUGCGUGGCUGCGGGCUCCGGCCUGGCCGUGGGAUGUUAGCGGUGGGGGCCAUGGAGGGCACCCGGCAGAGCGCGUUCCUGCUCAGCAGCCCGCCCCUGGCCGCCCUGCACAGCAUGGCCGAAAUGAAGACCCCACUGUACCCUGCCGCGUAUCCCCCGCUGCCUGCCGGCCCCCCUUCCUCCUCGUCCUCCUCGUCCUCCUCAUCGUCGCCCUCCCCGCCUUUGGGCGCCCACAACCCAGGCAGCCUGAAGCCCCCGGCCGCGGGGGGGCUCUCAUCCCUGGGCAGCCCCCCGCAGCAGCUUUCGGCCGCCACCCCGCACGGUAUCAACGACAUCCUGAGCCGGCCCUCCAUGCCCGUGGCCUCAGGGGCCGCCCUGCCCUCUGCCUCGCCCUCCGGUUCCUCCUCCUCCUCUUCCUCGUCCACCUCCGCUUCCUCGGCUUCGGCUGCUGCCGCCGCCGCCGCGGCUGCGGCUGCCGCCGCCUCCUCCCCCGCGGGGCUGCUGGCCGGCCUGCCCCGCUUCAGCAGCCUGAGCCCGCCGCCGCCGCCGCCCGGGCUCUACUUCAGCCCCAGCGCCGCUGCCGUGGCCGCCGUGGGUCGGUACCCCAAGCCGCUAGCCGAGCUGCCCGGCCGGACGCCCAUCUUCUGGCCAGGAGUGAUGCAGAGCCCGCCCUGGAGGGACGCGCGCCUGGCCUGCACCCCUCAUCAAGGAUCCAUUUUGUUGGACAAAGACGGGAAGAGGAAACACACGAGACCCACUUUCUCAGGCCAGCAGAUCUUCGCCCUGGAGAAGACUUUCGAACAAACGAAAUACCUGGCGGGGCCCGAGAGGGCUCGCUUGGCCUAUUCGUUGGGGAUGACGGAGAGUCAGGUCAAGGUCUGGUUCCAGAACCGCCGGACCAAGUGGAGGAAGAAGCACGCGGCCGAGAUGGCCACCGCCAAGAAGAAGCAGGACUCGGAGACCGAGCGGCUCAAGGGGGCCUCGGAGAACGAGGAGGAGGACGACGACUACAACAAGCCCCUGGACCCCAACUCGGACGACGAGAAGAUCACGCAGCUGCUGAAGAAGCACAAGUCGGGCGGCGGCGGCGGCGGGCUCCUGCUGCACGCGGCCGAGAGCGAGGGCGCGGCCUGAGCGCCACCGCCGCGACAGCGAGGG